CGGAACUUUUGAAUAAAACCUAUAAAAACUUUGAUAAUCAACAAUCAAAAGAUUAUAGAAUCGGAUCUUAUCUAGUUCAUCAACAGAUGGCAAAAAUAAUAAUUAGGUCUCUUCGAGGAGGUGACACGUCCGAGUUUAACAAUAAAUUGGUGGAAAUAUUGAGUCAUCCUGAGUAUGAAGUGAGGCUUGUCGCUCUAGAAUUACUCACCGAAUAUUUCCUAGAUGACUCUGUUCUGGAUACAAACCUCAGAAAUUAUUCGACUAUUCAGUCAAAACUGAUUUCCAUGAUAGAUGACGGGGAACCAAACCUUAAUUGUUUCCGCCUGGUCGUGGAAUUACUCGUAUUAAUAAAUCCAAAGGGUCUGUCCUUCCCUUUAGAUUCCGGACUGCGAAAUUUCUGGAAAAAACUUUUCGAACAUGUAGAACAAUCCAAAAACGUGUCAAUAGUUGAAGCCGUAUUUCCAUUAUUGGGUUCUUUGUUAUCACAAAUCUGGGAUGCUAAGUCUUCCGAUCAAGAGUUCAAAUCUUUGUGUUUAAAACAAUGGACCGAACGCGUGGAAAGAAAUACCAAGCCUGAAAUUGCUCUCACAUUGCGUGAAGCAACAACAAAAUCUUUACAAAUGUUUAGUCGUCAUCUAUUUAGAGAAGAUAGAUUUGUAAACAGUAAUGAUGUCCAGCAGGUCAUCGCACUGUACAUGAUCAUUGCACGCCUUGCUCAGGACGACGAUGUUGACCUACGCAAAGCUGCCUCAUUGGUUGUGGCAAAAGCAGGCAGAUUUAAGUUUCCCGUGGAUCCCGAUCGUGCACGUGAGCUCUGUUAUGAGCAAGUGUCAAAUCAAUUUUCCAAGUCGCUACACUUGUAUGCAGCCUUACUUCAGAUACUUUCCGGAAAUGAAAAGCCAGAGGAGGUUUUCCGGGCCGAAAUGAAUCGAUCACGUGUCCUAUUCGCAAUUGAAAAUCCAAAUAUCUUUAAAGAAGAUUUAGUGGACGUUCAAUUAGCUUCCAGAAGCUUAAUAGAAACAUUGAAAAAGGAAGUUAAAAUUGUGCAAUUUCCCGAUCCUUUGAGAAAUGAUAUUCCGCGUUUUGCCGUCGAACAAUUGCGCAGAGUUUGCGAGUUAUUAAAAUCUGAUGAAUUAAAAGAAACGAAUGAUGGUCCAUUGGGAUUUAUUUCACGCCCCAGGGUAUUUAUUGUUAUAUAUCGAUUAAUUGCCACGGUUUUAGUAAUGAGCGAACUAGUAUACGACAAAGCAAAUUUCAAUAAUGAAAUUCAACGGAUAUUAAAAGAUUUUACAAGAUCUAAAAUUCUACUACAUCCGCUGAUAAAUGAUCUUCUGUAUAAUGAACUCGGAAAGAUAUGUUUGAUCGGUGACCACGGUGAAAUCUUUAAUGAAAUAGGCCAAGAAGAUAAUUAUGAGAAAAUAAUGACAUUUGAAAAAAAUUUUGAAAAGUUUUUCCUGUUGACAGAGUAG